GUGUCCUAGCGGCCACCUGUGGAGAGAGAGAAGAACGAGAGUGAAUAAUUGAAGAACAGACUGUGAACGUGAUACCUACCCAGAAAGCUGUAUGCAGCAGAGCCGGUGAGAAAUACUCGAAGUCUCAGUAACAGUGUCUUUGUGUCCUAGCGGCCACCUGUGGAGAGAGAGAAGAACGAGAGUGAACCAUUGAAGAACAGACUGUGAACGUGAUACCUACCCAGGAAGCUGUACGCAGCAGAACCGCGGCCACCUGUGGAGAGAGAGAAGAACGAGAGUGAAUAAGUGAAGAACAGACUGUGAACGUGAUACCUACCCAGAAAGCUGUAUGCAGCAGAGCCGGUGAGAAAUACUCGAAGUUUCAGUAACAGUGUCUUUGUGUCCUAGCGGCCACCUGUGGAGAGAGAGAAGAACGAGAGUGAACCACUGAAGAACAGACUGUGAAUGUGAUACCUACCCAGAAAGCUGUACGCAGCAGAACCGGUGAGACAUACUCGAAGUCCAAGUAACAGUACCUUUGUGUCCUAGUGGCCGCCUGAGGAGAGAAAGGAGGACGAGAGUGAACAAUCGGAGGACAGACGGUGUAACGCGCUACCUACCCCGAGAGCUGUAAGCGGCAGAACCGGUGAGAAGCAUACCAAAUCCACACUAACCGUGUUUCUGUGUCGCAGUGAACACCUGCGGGGGACGUGAAGGCACGUGGGGCGAGGACCCCCUGCCGGACCGAGGAAAGGUUCACGGACAGUGGAAAAUCUCCUACCAGUCACACCGAAAUUGUUCUGCCUCCGGGAAAGAAGAAGGAGGGCGCCACGGUUAACAGGGUCCAGGCCGGAGCCUGACGAUUCCCUCUUUCCCCCGGCUUAUGGUGAUUGACACCCCUGUUGCCCUUGCCCCUGUCUGCCCGUGGCUGCAGUCUCCCUGGAGGGAGGAGAAGAAGCCUAUUAGUUUUAAAUCCCCCUUUCCCCAAUUCCCCAGUUCUUUUAAAUAUUUAAAUUCAAUAAAGCUUGUUUUAAAUUUUACUCACCUGUUUCCGUGUUUGUCUGGUCAUUGGGUUGGCUUUGGGGACCUCCUCGAGGUGGGAGUUGAAAAGGGGCGUGGCUUUAGUCAAACACAGCCAGCCCCUAGUGGUGACAGAUUUUGGCGUAGUCGGCAGGGUCCCACCUCGAGUUGAGUAACCAAGGUCACCCAAUGACUGACAACGCGGGGCCAGCAGCCCCACCCCGUGCCACACCCGUUAUCAUGGGCAGCCCAUGGGUCCAGAGAUAUGGAGGAGCAGAGUCGGAGGUACGCCUGACCGAAUGGAAGGCCCAACUGGAGUACUUGGCCGACUUGCAGGGCCUUAGCGCCGCCCAGCGGCUCCAAUUUGUGUUGAACUCCCUAGAAGGAGAAGCACGGCGAGAGGUACAAGCCGCCCCCGAAGCAAUUAGAGCCACCGCCCAGACUGUGUUCCAGUUCCUUGCUGAACAAUAUGGUGACCAUACCCCCGUAGCUGUCCUCCGUUCACAAUUUUUUAAUUGUAAACAAGGCCCCCGACAACCUAUUCGAGCUUUUGCCCUCAGGCUGCGGGAGCAGUUCACUCGCCUGCAAGCCCGACGAGACCAUGGGCUAGGAGAUGGAGAAGCUUUGUUACGCGACCAGUUCCUCCUGGGGAUGAAAGAAGGCCCCGUGAGACAAAGUCUGAGGGUCCAGUUCCGGAGGGACCCCGGGCUUACCUUCGAAGAUCUAAAGAAGGAGGCGCUAGCCCUGGAGGGUGAUGAGGCCGAAGUAACCGAAACCCCUGUAUGUGCAGCCGUAAGUGGAAACACAGCAGCGCCACCUGAACACGCAGACUGGAAGCAAGCCCUGAGGGUAGAAUUGUUGAAAGAUGUCCGAGAGCAGAUGUCGGAGCUAUCUAAGACCCUCUUGGGAGAACUUCGCCAAAGUAGGGCGCGAGAGGAACCGAGGCCGGCACCCCGAGAGCGAGUCUACUCUGAGAGGGGCCGAGAGCCACCGGGACGCCCGAAUCGUUUGAACCGGCCCCGCUUCGAGUGGGAUGACCAAGGGCGGCCAAUCUGCAAUCGGUGUGGAGAACCAGGGCAUUACAGUCGCCAGUGUGGGCCUCGCAGGGCAUCGGAGGGGGGUUUUUAAGACGACCGGCCACAGUGGGUCGUGUGGCCGGGACCCCUAGAGAAGACCCUGGAAGACGUGGGAAUUCUAGAGACCAGA